AUUAAGAGUUCUUCACCUAUUUCUUGAGAAACGUGCCAGACAGAAUUAAAAUUCAAACUAAGUCAAUUAUUUAAACCACUUCAGUUCCUUCCAUUUAUUUUUCUCAAUCACAUAAUUAAGCUUUUUCCUUUCGUUAAAACGAUCUUAAUGGGAUCGUUCUUAAUAUUGUAAUUUUUUUCUUUCCAAUCCGAACAUCCGCUUAAACAUAACGCAUUUCAACGAGUACAACGAAAAUUAAUGUGCAAUUCACACUAAUUAAAACCUUUCUAACUGGGAUAAAAAGGAUCUUAAUAAAAAAAACAAAUUGAAGAUGAAGAUGGAUUUGCAAUCUGAUCUUCAAUGAAUAGCUCCCCACCUACUGUGGAAAUAGACCUAAGGCAUGUAAUUAGACUAAAUAACUACUAGACCGCACAGCAUUUUGCUACUUUUACAAAUCGAAUUUUUCUAAUUCAAGUUCUGAAUGCAAUUGGCUUAUUAAUUCCUCACACUGCUAGAGCAGACGAUUUAUUUUAUUCAAAUUUUAUUUAACUCAGUGGUAGUCGUCUGCUUUUUGUACUGUUUUAUAUUAAACGUUUUAUCUAUGAUUGUGUUUGGAACAUGGGUAUGAUGGUUUGCUAUUAUGGCGUUUAUAUGACUCGAUCAGGAGGUGUUCCUUAUUGUUAUCAGGAUAAUGGUUUUACACGAAAACCUUCCCUCAUUAAAACAGAUUGCAUUAGUUGGAAAAACUUUCUUGGCUUAACAAGACAAAGAAGUGAGAUAAACCUCAGCGACUUGGGACUCCUCCAUGGUGAACAGCGACGAAGUCGUUCUGAAGUAAGGGGCGUCAGUUGCGACCGACUGAGUGUGGGCUAUCACCAUUCACCCAAUAUUUGUCCACCUCCACCCGCUCUGAUAAAUACAAAGACAAGAAGUUCAAGUCCCGUGAAUAAAUCUGGCUGCUGGUUAAGAGGACGAAAAAGAGAGAGAGAAUCAAGAAGCUCUUCAAACAACAGAAUUGAAAUCGCUGGUAAAACAAUCGUUACAGAGAGUACUCGAAAAUCCUCAAAGUCAUCGGAAGUUAGGACUAUUGCGGACCAGACAAAUGUCACGUCUAAUAAAGCAGAUAAAAAAUCAACUAAAGAUCAACGUUAUGCCAAGUUGGGUAAAAAGAAUGGCGCUGAAAAAGUCAUAGAGGAGGUUAUCUAUGCUGAAAUAGGAUUCACUCCAGUUGAGAAGUUACAAAAUUCGAAGAGGGAGAGUAGUAAAGGAGCUAGCAAAAAAAAUCGAAAGAAAGGCUUGGCGCCACAAAUACCAUUGAGAGAUGUGAAUGGGGAUGUUAACCUCAACCCCAAUGGUACUAUAACGAGCAGACCAAACUGUUUUGAUGAGAAGCCUAGGUCAUCGCCAUGUAUCAAACCUCCAAGAAAACCACAGACGAAUACUAAAAGUUCAGAAAAUAUUCGAAUAUCGAAUAAAACAAGUUCCGUGAAAGGUUCGAAAUUGUUGAAUUCACCUAAAGGAGAAUCGACCAAAAAUAAAGUUGUAGCUGUAGCUGAAAUUCACAAAAACAGAAGCAGCGAUAAGAAAGAAAGCACAGAUUCUGUUAACACUGAUGUUAAGCAAAUCUAUAGUAAAGUAUCAAGUGAAAGUAAUAGGAAUAAAGAAAAUAAAAUUUCUAAAGAGCAAAUUCGUGCUGCAAAAAAUGCCAUCGAAAGUGAUACAUCCAAUAAUAAUAUUGAAAAAGAUGCGCAAACUGACGAAGAAAAGGAAAGUGCGCAGGAAGAGAAAAUAGAAAUACCACCAUAUCAUAUAGAUACCCCUGAUUAUUCCACAUUAGAUUCCGAGAACGAUCCGAAUGGUAUUAAUCAGGAUCCCAAUAGAAACGAGUCAAGAGUCAGUUUAAGUGAUUCAAUAACCGCAGAUUCCAUCGACGAAGAUUUCAAAGCAGUUAGUGAUUCUAAUGCUACAUCAAGUUCUGAAAUAGAUAAUUCAAACUCUGAAAUUUGUUAUUCUAGCAUCUUGAGAGACUCUGCGACCGAUGUAAGAUGCUUCGAUAACGAAUCCUCGCCCAAAAAAGUCGUGCGCUUUGAGAAAUUCGAUUUGAUUGAUAAAUACAAAAAGAACAAAAGUGAUUGCGCUAAAAUUACAGACGAGGAUUCCGAUACUUCGAGCUCUAAAUACCAACCGGUGUCAAAGAAAAUAUUGGAUUUCAACUGCAACGAAAUUACGACACCUGAAACUGAACUUCUGGCAAAACAGUCGCUGAAAUAUUUUGACAGUGAUGGUGUCGAUAAAACUACUUCUUCAUCCGAAUGUCCCAGUGAAUGUUCUCUAUAUUCCUCUCCAACCCAAAAAGAAUGUCCACAUAACGGAAUGACUGUAAACGUGGUGGUAAGGAAUCCUUCUCCGGAAUUGACUAACUGCAUGGUUGAUUCGCAAACAGACGACGCGCAUGCUCAGUUGGUAGUGAAAAAGAGCUUUGUGCUGACUAUUGCUAAGCAAGAGAAAGGUUUCAAAAGUCUUUUUGCUAAUAAGAAACCUGAUGUGAUAAACGUGGACCAAUCAAAAGACCAUAAAAUAUCUGUGACAUUUUUGUGUUCCAAUGGCGCUCCUCCAGACGCAUGUACAAUAGGAAAUCCAAUUGUAAACGCUUUGCGACUUCGAUCUUUAAGUGUUCCUCCACAGAAUCUACCUGAACUAGAGCCACCUCCUCUACCUCCCCCAAUGAGAGGUAGAUCAAGAGAGAGGCGCUCAAAAGAACGUAUUCAUUGCAAGAAGACACACAAAUCAAGAAAAAAAGAAACCGCCUUUCAUAUGCCGCAAGCUGUGAUUGAUGAGCUCUCUCAGGUAUUAGAGAAACGUAAACCUUCUCCUGAUGGAAUUCUUGCCACUUAGUGAUCUUUUGCAUCUACAAGCAAUAUCCGAAAGGCAACCAACAAUGAAAAACCUAAAAUACUGCCAUUCCUAACUUUUAUGAAAGUGUGUCACUACUAAGUAAAUUAAUACCUAAGAUAACUAGGUAUCACUAUUUCUGUUCAGAAUUAUUUAAAUAAUUUAAGUGCUAGAGAAAAAUUAGAUGUUAUGCUUAAAAUGGCAAGCUUAUAUGAAUAUAUUGGGGAGUUAUUUAAGUACUGUAUGAAGUGAAAUCAAUGAAAAUUAACUGUUAAGUGGU